CCAGCGGGCCCCGGCUCGGCGGCGGGGAUUUGCAGGCCCCCGAGACCCCGACGAGGAGCCCAUCCUGCCCCGGACGGACUCCUGAGGUCCGUUCCCCGCGCGGCUCGCCGACUUCCCUCCGUGACGAAGUUUUCUCCGGCGCUUUCCCAAGGAUCGCUCCCUAGUUUUAGACCUCGCCUUCUGGCGGACUUGCUCGGUUUGUUUGGGGAGAUAACUUGCUUCGCUCCAACCCGCAUCCCCUCUCCUUGACCCCUGCCAGUCGGAAGUUCUAGAUGACUGAAUGGAGUUUUGAGUUGGACUCUGGUGUCCCCUACGGAGUCGGGCCUGAUCCCGGAGCGCUGGGGGUGGGGUGGAGGUGUUACUGUAAAAUGCAAGUUGGAUAAAAGGAGGACCUCUCGCCAAGGGCCCCAAUGAGUGGCACACAGUCUACUAUCACCGACAGGUUUCCCCUCAAAAAACCUAUAAGGCAUGGAAGUAUUUUGAACCGAGAGUCACCAACAGAUAAGAAGCAGAAAGUUGAGCGCAGUACAUCACAUGAUUUUGACCCCACAGAUAGCUCCUCCAAGAAGACAAAGUCUAGUUCAGAGGAGAGUAGAUCCGAGAUAUAUGGUCUUGUUCAGCGUUGUGUGAUCAUCCAGAAGGAUGACAAUGGAUUUGGGCUGACGGUCAGUGGAGACAACCCAGUGUUCGUACAGUCUGUCAAAGAAGAUGGAGCAGCCAUGCGGGCUGGAGUACAGACAGGUGAUCGAAUCAUCAAGGUGAAUGGAACUCUGGUGACUCAUUCAAACCAUUUGGAAGUGGUGAAGCUAAUCAAAUCUGGUUCCUAUGUAGCUCUCACUGUUCAGGGACGCCCACCUGGGUCGCCCCAGAUUCCACUUGCUGAUUCUGAAGUAGAGCCAUCAGUCACUGGACAUAUGUCUCCCAUCAUGACAUCCCCUCAUUCACCUGGAGCAUCUGGGAAUAUGGAGAGAAUUACUAGUCCUGUGCUCAUGGGGGAAGAAAACAAUGUGGUUCAUAACCAGAAAGUAGAAAUUCUGAGAAAAAUGUUACGGAAAGAACAGGAACGGCUUCAGCUUCUGCAGGAAGACUACAACCGAACACCUGCUCAGAGAUUGCUGAAAGAGAUCCAGGAGGCCAAGAAACACAUUCCUCAGCUGCAAGAGCAGUUGUCCAAAGCCACGGGCUCCGCUCAGGAUGGAGCUGUAGUUACAUCCUCCAAGCCGUUAGGUGACGGGCUAGCAGUUGAAGGAGAAACAGAUGCUGGUGAUGGGCCAGGCAGGCUUGACUAUGGCAGCGGAGACGCUUCUCGGCCUAGGAGUGACAGUGCCGAUAGUCCCAAGAGUGGCUUGAAAGAGAAGAUUUAUCUAGAGGAAAACCCAGAGAAAAGUGAAGCAGUUCAGGACACUGACACUCAGUCACUUGUUGGGAGUCCCUCUACCCGUGUGGCCCCUCAUAUUAUUGGAGCAGAGGACGAUGACUUUGGUAGUGAACAUGAACAGAUCAAUGGGCAGUGCAGCUGUUUUCAGAGCAUUGAACUGCUAAAAUCUCGCCCUGCUCACUUGGCUGUCUUCUUACACCAUGUAGUUUCCCAGUUUGACCCUGCAACAUUGCUCUGUUAUCUCUAUUCAGACCUAUAUAAACAGACCAAUUCCAAGGAGACCCGUCGUGUCUUCCUUGAGUUCCAUCAGUUCUUCCUGGAUCGAUCUGCUCACCUGAAGGUUUCUGUUCCUGAUGAAAUAUCAGUAGAUCUAGAAAAAAGACGGCCAGAGCUUAUUCCUGAGGAUCUACAUCGCCACUAUAUCCAAACUAUGCAAGAAAGAGUCCACCCAGAAGUUCAGAGGCACUUGGAAGAUUUUCGGCAGAAGCGCAGCAUGGGGCUGACCUUGGCUGAAAGCGAACUGACUAAACUUGAUGUAGAGCGAGACAAGGACCGGUUAACUUUGGAGAAAGAACGGGCAUGUGCAGAACAGAUUGUUGCCAAAAUUGAAGAAGUGUUGAUGACCGCUCAGGCUGUAGAAGAAGAAAAGAGUUCGACAAUGCAAUAUGUUAUUCUCAUGUACAUGAAACAUUUGGGAGUAAAAGUGAAAGAACCUCGAAAUUUGGAGCACAAGCGAGGUCGCAUUGGAUUCCUUCCAAAAAUCAAGCAAAGUAUGAAGAAAGAUAGAGAAGGCGAAGAAAAGGGGAAGCGAAGAGGAUUCACCAGCAUCUUGGGACCCCCUAGGAGACCAAGCCGCCACGACAACAGUGCAAUUGGCAGAGCCAUGGAACUACAGAAGCAGCGCCACCCUAAGCACUUGUCCACGCCCUCAUCUGUGAGUCCUGAACCUCAGGAUUCUGCGAAGUUGCGCCAGGGUGGAUUAGCAAGCGAAGGAGCAGACAUUGGCUACCUGCCAGCCAAUUCCACGUCCUCCAUGGUUUCAGGGGCCACUCUUUCCCAGGAAGGAGGGAAAGAGAAUGAUAUGGGAUCAAAACAAGCUGGAGAAAUGCCAGCAUCUGGAGACUCCUUGGAUGGCACUCCUCGUACUCCCAACACCAUCUUUGAUUUCCCACCUCCUCCAUUAGACCAGGUGCAGGAGGAGGAAUGGGAAGUGGAAAGAGUGACUGAACAUGGGACACCAAAGCCUUUUCGAAAGUUUGACAGCAUAGCUUUUGGAGAAAGUCAGAGUGAGGAUGAACAGUUUGAAAAUGACUUAGAGACGGACCCACCCAACUGGCAACAGCUCGUCAGUCGAGAAGUGUUAUUGGGACUAAAGCCUUGUGAGAUCAAAAGACAGGAAGUAAUUAAUGAAUUGUUCUGCACUGAAAGAGCUCAUGUUCGAACAUUGAAGGUUCUAGAUCAAGUGUUUUAUCAGCGAGUGUCUAGAGAAGGAAUUUUGUCACCUUCAGAACUACGGAAAAUUUUUUCAAACUUAGAAGAUAUUCUUCAACUUCACAUUGGAUUGAAUGAGCAAAUGAAGGCUAUUCGGAAGAGGAAUGAGACCUCUGUUAUUGAUCAGAUUGGGGAAGAUUUGCUGAUCUGGUUCAGUGGACCCGGGGAGGAAAAGUUGAAACAUGCUGCUGCCACCUUUUGCAGUAACCAACCCUUUGCCCUGGAAAUGAUCAAGUCUCGCCAGAAAAAGGAUUCUCGAUUCCAGACUUUUGUGCAAGAUGCUGAGAGUAAUCCACUGUGUCGUCGUCUGCAGCUUAAGGAUAUCAUUCCCACUCAAAUGCAGAGGCUUACUAAGUACCCUCUUCUCUUGGACAAUAUUGCCAAAUACACAGAGUGGCCACCAGAAAGGGAGAAGGUGAAGAAAGCUGCAGAUCACUGUCGUCAGAUCUUAAAUUAUGUGAACCAGGCUGUUAAGGAGGCAGAGAACAAGCAGCGCUUGGAAGAUUAUCAGCGUCGCCUUGAUACCUCUAAUCUGAAGUUGUCAGAAUACCCAAAUGUUGAAGAGCUCAGGAAUUUGGAUUUAACAAAAAGGAAGAUGAUUCAUGAAGGCCCAUUGGUUUGGAAGGUGAAUAGAGAUAAAACUAUUGAUCUAUAUACAUUGCUGCUGGAAGAUAUUCUUGUAUUGUUACAAAAGCAGGAUGAUAGACUGGUGUUAAGGUGUCACAGUAAGAUUCUGGCAUCUACAGCUGACAGCAAACACACAUUUAGCCCUGUCAUCAAGUUGAAUACGGUGUUGGUUCGACAAGUGGCAACAGAUAACAAAGCUUUAUUCGUCAUCUCCAUGUCUGAUAAUGGAGCCCAGAUUUAUGAAUUGGUGGCACAGACAGUUUCUGAAAAGACUGUCUGGCAGGACCUAAUAUGUCGGAUGGCCACAUCCGUGAAGGAGCAGUCCACAAAGCCGAUCCCACUGCCCCAGCCGCCGCCGUGCGAAGGAGACAAUGAUGAAGAAGAACCUCCAAAAUUAAAAGUGGAGCAUCAUGACAUUUCAGUCACUGGUCUGCAGAGUCCAGACAGAGAUUUGGGAUUGGAGUCUCCUUUAAUGUCAUCAAAACCUCAGUCUCAUUCGCUGGGUACCUCUGGGAAGUCGGAAGUAGAUGACCUCUUUGUGGCUGAGAGACAGUUUGCAAAGGAACAGCAUGCAGACGGGACACUAAAGGAAGUUGGAGUGAAUUAUCAAAUCAUAAUCCCAGAUCCACACUUGCCUGUCUCAGAAGAACGGUGGGCACUGGAUGCACUAAGGAAUUUGGGUUUGUUGAAGCAGCUGCUGGUACACCAGCUGGGCUUGACUGAGAAGAGCACUCAGGAAGACUGGCCACAUUUUCCAAGAUGCAGGACAGCCUCUCUGGGGGUGCAGGCAGACAGUGGAACCCAGAACCCUGAAAAUAUUAAGGCCUGUCAUCCUGUUGAAGCACAGAUGCCCUUUAGAACUGGAACUGGUGACAUUUCAACUUGUUACAGUCCACGGACUUCAACUGAAUCUUCUGCCCGACGGGAUUCAGUAGUACUGGCAUUCCAAGAGAGCCAGGCAAGUGACAUUUUAGUAAUGGACCACAUGAUUAUGACCCCAGAGAUGCCUCCCUCAGAGCCAGAAGGGGGUCUUGAUGAGAGUGGAGAGCACUUUUUUGAUGCCCGUGAAGCACAUAGUGAUGAUAAUCCAUCAGAAGGUGAUGGAGCAGUUAAAAAGGAAGAGAAGGAUGUUAAUUUGCGCAUCUCAGGAACCUAUCUGAUCCUUGAUGGCUAUGACCCGGUGCAGGAGAGCUCCACAGACGACGAGGUUGCUUCCUCGUUCCCCCUUCAGCCCGGGGCAGGCAUCCCCUCUCUGGACUCUGGACACCAGCAGCAGCCUUCUCCCCAGAAUGCUCAUUCUGACGGGGCUGUUUCACCAUUCACCCCAGAAUUCCUGGUCCAGCAGCGCUGGGGAACUAUGGAGGAUUCCUGUUUUGAGAUCCAGAGUCCCUCUGCUUGUGCUGAUUCACAAAGCCAGAUCAUGGAGUACAUUCGUAAAAUAGAGGCUGACCUUGAACACUUAAAGAUAAAAGUUAGAGCCGCGUGUCCUGGAGGUGACUGCAGGUUGUUGGAUUUGAGCACCAGCCUUGUCUCACCAUGUCCUGGCUCCAGUGUGGACGCUGAGAGAGAGUGUGACGUGUGACAGAGAAUCUGCCUGCAAAUACCCUGGGGGAGCCAUGCCCCCUGGGGCCCAGAGCAGGACUGGGUCUUCACAGCCUGGCAGCUGCACAAGUCUGUCCGCGAGGGGACAUCCGUGCUCUCGCCCUGCUCUUCUCACUCUCAGAAAUCCAUUUUGAUUCAGAACAGAAACCAAAUGUAUAGAGCUUUGGGUGUAGAAUAUGAAAUUUUACUUAGACUUAAGAAAAAGAGAAAAUCAGAUGUAUUUAUUUGACUUCAUUCCGUAUUUGAAAGCACAUUUUAAUUUUUAUUUUGCCAUGUUUUGUUUUAAUUGAGUAGUGAGAGUUUUAGCCCUUUGUAUUUAGUACACCCAAGGAUUGAGUGCUCCUGAAGCAGAGUUCAGGAUGGGGUAUCAGGAGGUGGCUGGAGAGGUGAAGAGGGGGACGGAGUGGGCAGAGGAGGGAGGAGCAUGAGGGCUCUACUGGAUGAUGUCCCGUGCCCUCUGCUGUCCCAUAGGCUGCUUGUCUGAGGGUCCCCUCAAAAGUGUACCCCAGAGUCCUCUGCCGCGACUCCUACGAGCAGAGGACUUGAGCUGUGUGCUCCCAGGUGGGGGGCUCCUCCCACCCGAGGCCAGCACCUCUUCUCUGUAGCUGGGAUCCGCUCCCGAUGAACAGGAAUCCUCAAUGUACUAAAUAGC